CGGUGCAUGCUGGGAGGAGCUCAUUGGUCUUCGGAAACAUGGCGUCGCUCUGACAGCUGGGACUCUCGCCGUCGUCUCCAGCCACUAACACAGCGGAUGGGGGCCCUCGGACGGAGUGGCUUGAUGCGGUUCCCGCAAUUACCGACUACGGACGCGGUGUCCGUCCCGAAGCGACUGGCGUUCUGAGGACACGGCGCAAUAAGGGGUUUAGUGCGAGUGUCACGCCCACUCUGCUCGGUAACGGGUAACGACGCCGCACGGUUAGCUAGCAGGCGGGACGGACAGCCGAGCUAGCAGCAGACGCGGAGCCGACAUGCGUGUGAGGAGCACCGGCCACAUCUCUCCCUGCUCGCGGGCUGCUCUGCCGGACGUUAGCGUGUAGUUGCGUCUUCUGUCCAAGCAAGGCGGGCUGGUUAACAGUAUCCGCGUUCUCGCUAUAUAGCCGGGGCGUUUUCUGUCAUUCUCUUACUUGAAUUUUGAAUGUACGACCCCUUUGGCAUCACUGUCGGAGGAGAGAGCGAUGGGCUCCGGGACAGUGGACUCUUCCCAAUGGCUCUCGGUGAAGGAGGAAACCAUUUUCCUCCACGACGGACUCAUCCGAGUCACGGAUCUGGCCGAGCUGCCCAGUGAAAUCGGCGUGUCGGAGCAGGGAGACACCGAGCAGGAGAUUCUAACGUUUGAGACGAAGAACCCAGUUGAGCUGGCAGAGCGUCUACGCGCAGUCUGCGGUAACCAGAGUAACGCUUAUGCCCGGCUGCUGGAAUACCGACUCAAUGCUCUGCGUGGUCUGUGGGGGGCGCAGCGGCAGCUGGCCCUGGAGGAGCAACAGGAGCGAGAAGGAACUGGGGGUGCUGAUGAGGAGACCUUGGCCUUGCUCAAAAGACAAGGUCUGCUCCAGCAGCCCGAGCAGGCACCCUUCACCUCCCGUGUCGGCCUGCUGCUGGUCUUUCCCCUUCUACAGUCGCAGACCCGCAGUGACCCGGCGCUCUGUGGGGUCACGGCAGAGGUUCUGCUCUCCUGUCUCCGAGAUUGCCAACCGCUCAGCCUCAGCAAGGAGCCUGCAGACUGCCUAAAUGGCUUAGAGGGGCUGCUUUGCUCUUGGCUGGAAGAUGGCGCUCCAGAGUCCGUCCAAAUUCAAAGGCCGGUUCAAAUGCCGAUUCUCCGCUCACUCAGACAAAGGGAAAACGCUGCUGCUGCCCUGGUUGCACUUGCCUGUGCCAGAGGAUCUCUGAAGACCUUCAUCCACACAGUGCACCUGCUGCAGAAACAGUCUGAUCUGGGCCAGCUACCAGUGUCCGAUGUUCUGUACAGGCUUUUACUAUUGGAAGGAGGCCCUGGCUCUUCAUCAUGCCUGCUUGGGGGAAAGCACAGCGUGUCCUGGGGUUUUGAGGACAUGCUACCCACACCUGAUAACUCACCAGGAGGAGCUGAGAAUAAAGACACUGACCUGGGCCGCUGUCUGGCCACCGACGGGCUCUAUCUGUACACCACCAACUCCUCUGGGAGAGGACUGAGCAAGCUGGGAUCUGGCUUACACGGGACACUCAGAGGGUUUGUUUACUGUCGAAAUGAGGAGUUGGAGCCUGGUUGGGUGGUGCACAGCAGUGGUCGCCUUCUCUACCGCCCUUCUGCCUUUGAUGCCAAACCUCAUCAGCUGUGCCAGGUCAUUGACCCCUUCACUCUACAGGUGUGCCAGAUUGUCCCCAUGCCAGCCCAUCACUUCCCUGUGGGCAGCAGUAUGACAACACUGCACCUCUGCUCUGAUGGAACCUACCUAUAUUGGUUUUGGUCCCCGGGCAGUCUCAACGAGAAGACACAGAAAGGCCACUCUGUCUUCAUGGAUGUGUUUAAUCUGUCUACACAGACAGGACUGUGUGUUGCAGACAUCUUGCAGGAGAGAGUUAUUCUUACUCGCAAAGAAGGCGAGUCUUCCAAGUGCUUGAAUGAGCUUCUUUUGAGUCGAAUGUCUCGCUUUCGAGCCUCACAUUCUGCCACAUUGGCUGCUCUCACAGGCUCUGCUAUCACCAACACCGUCAAAGAGGAGCAGUCAGCUGUCAACACAAGCUGUGGACUCCCUCUGAAGACUCUUAGAAAGACACCUAUGUAUGUUUGUGGAACAUACUUAGUGAUGCUGGUCUCACCACCUGGAGUAUCUGGGAAUUCUGCUACACGGUCGCUGUUUGGAGGCACCAGCAGCCUGUCCUCAUUGAAGAUAUUAGCCUCCAGUUUAGUCUUCAACCUUGCUGAUGGCCAGUUCAGCAGCCGCGCUGACCUCAUUGAUGCUCCUGGCAGUUCCCUCGGCAGGGGAGCCCAGGUAGCUGGACUAGGAGCAUGUUAUGAUGCACUGAACAACUUGAUCUGGACCUGCUCGAGUGAUUACAUAGAUCAGUGGUGCAACCCGGGGAAUCAGGCCUUUCAUCAUGUGUGCCAAAGGCUUGGUGUCAGCCAUGUCAUUAAAGAACCAAAAGAAGAAAUGGUGGACACGAGUGAGGUGAUCAAUCAGCUACUUCAUCAUGUUGGUGCCAUGUGUGUCCACCAGCUAAAUCUGCUAGCCGCCAGCAAUAAUAGCCUGCCUCUGGGCGCUCUACUGGGCAAACAACAUCCCAUCGAGGCCAGUCACUUCAGCAGCAUCUGUGACAUAAUGGAGAAGGCCAUGGUUAAUGGAGACACCAGCAUUAUCCACUGUAUUUUGGUAGUCUUCCAGGUUGUCUUCAGGUUCUUCAAUCCUCAGACAGAGCAGAACCGAGAAAGUGUGCGCAGGGCAGGCCUGCUCUUGUGGCAGCUACUCAUGGCUCCAGUAGAUCAGAUAGGAUCAGAGAUUCAAAGAGAGGUGUGCCUCGCCAUCAGCUCAGGCCUAAAUACUUUGUACCAGGGGGAAGCUGAGCUCCACAAACUGCUGAAACUUGUUUUAACAGAAGGUGAAAGAAACAGUGGCCUGUCUCAGCUUAGGGACGUUAUCCUCACCAACUUGGCAGAUCAACUGCAGAAAAAUAGAUUUGGAAGUGAAGAAGAUGACCACUAUAGGCUGAGUGAUGAGCUGCUGCAGUGUAUUCUCAAAACUGUAGUUCGGGAAUCCUGCCUCCUCAUUACCAAAUGUCAGACGGUCGCACGAGACGACUUCCAGAAGCUGCUUUCCACUGUGCCAGUGGUCUCUCCUUGCCUGCGCUACCUCAUGGCUGUCCAAAACCACCUUCUCAGUAACACCAUUCUUAUCCGUCCAGAUGAUAGCGAUGACAGUGACAGCUCUCUCCAAGGGGAAACAAUGAAGGUACAGGAGCUGCAAAUCAGCAUCCUCUCCUUAGCAACCAAGAUCCUGGUGGGAUGUGACGAGGCACUGGAGACUCUUCAGCAGGUGACAACGGCUCUCGUUAACAGCGACAUCUCUGACAGGGAAACCAGGUUGAAAGGUCUGGAACAAAUUACCAAGGCCACCAUGCUAGGGCACCUCCUGCCAGUGUUGCUGAGCUCUCUGAUGCACCCCAACCUGCAGACCCUCACACUCGCUGAUGCCCUCAUGCCUCAAUUGGUGCAGCUGGUUCUAUACACUAGCCAAACUGCUUUGCUACUAAAGACUCAAUGUCCACUUUUCUCUGAGGAGUCACCUUUAGGGGGUUGUGUCGGGCAGGGAAUCAAGACAUGUGCAGCAGAUGACAAAAUUCUUGAUGAACGUGAGGAGCCAGGUUUCCUGACCGGGCUGAAGAUUCCUGCCCCUUGGGCUGCUGGGAAGACAGUGGAGACUGUACAUCCCGUGCGAGACAACUAUAAGUUCAAGGAGACUGUGCACAUCCCCGGGGCUCGCUGCUUGUACCUCCGCUUUGAUUCUCGCUGCUCUUCACAAUAUGACUACGACAAGUUGGUUAUUUAUGCGGGUCCCAACACCAAUAGUCGUAAAGUAACAGAAUAUGGAGGAAACACUUUGGGAUAUGGCAGUCGCAGUGUUUUGGGGACAGGCUGGCCCAAAGAUCUUGUUAAGGUUGAAGGUGACACGGUGACAUUCUCCUUCGAAAUGAGAAGUGGGCGAGAACACAACACCCCUGAUAAAGCCAUGUGGGGGUUCUCCUGCACUGUCAGGGCUCAGGAGUCAUCGGAAGAUGUCUCUGGAGGCCUCCCUUUCCUGGCCGAUUUGGCACUUGGCCUGUCAGUGCUUGCUUGCUCAAUGCUCCGCAUUCUGUAUAAUGGUCCAGAAGUCACAAGAGAGGAGGAUGCCUGCCAUGAUUUGCUGUGUUCUAAGCUGCUGCAAAGGUGUCAGUGGCAGGUGGAAGCGAAUGGCGCAAUCUCACCUGCUCUUACUCCUAGUCCAUCACCUCUCCCACUAACCAUCGAAGAGGACCGGGAGUUCACCUACCCUACCGAUGUGCUCACCCCGCCCCCAGGCUUUACUUCUGGCGCCUAUACUGAUUUGCCUCGCAUACGCCUGCCUCCAGGCAUCAUGGGAAGGUUGCGAGAGGUGUCUGGAAGAGCUCGCCCACAGUUUCGUCCUAGCAUUAAAGAGGUGAUCCGCCCAGAUGUUAUGGAGGAGGUAAUAGUGUCCUGUGUCAUAAAGCAUCUCAACUUGGUGGAUGCUCUUCAGUCACUUGUCAACUAUCAGUAUCGGGAAGACCAUGCUGAAGAGUUUGAUCUUGUCUGUAAGAUCAUGGCAGAGACUUUCAAAAAGAUUAAUGCGAUGGAGCGUCAGCUGCAGAGUGUAGCAGAACUGGAGCAGAAGUGGCAGAAUGAAGUAGAGGAGGCCCAGCAGGGAAAACUGGAGAACAACACUCCUUUCUUUCAUGACUACCAUUUCUUUGAGAAUAAAAUCAAAGAGCUGGAACUACUUUGUUCCCUGAAAGAGGUCCCCCUUGAUUUUAGUGACUUGGAAAAUGUUGUCCUUGGAUUGAGGCAAAGGUUCUUUCAGGAGGUAAAUAGUAUGCACCUUAAAAGUAGCACCCAACUCGCUAAAACUAAGGGACUGGUGAAAAGUCUGAUGAACCGUACUGAGCUUCUGCUACAUGUUACCAUUGCGCCACAUUGUAGAAGCUUAACAACUACACCUGCUGGCACACCAGGCUCAGCCUCUAAGUCUGUGUCUGAUGCCAAAACUGCAAUCUCCAUGGCGAAACAGCCAGUCUUCCUGCGCAGCAUGUCUGCACCAUCUGAUUUGGAGAUGAUUGCCAACCAAGACCUGGAGUUUACUCAUGCUCCUCAAAGGAGGCGACACCACCCUUCCAGUCAUCGCAGCAGCUCAUUUACACUGCUGCAGUCUCUGGCUGUUGAGGAUAGCCGAGACAAGCCAACAUACAGCGUGCUGCUGGGUCAGCUGUUUGCAUUUAUCGGCACGACACCUGAUCAAGCUGUGUCGAGCAGCAGUUUCCUGUCUGCUGCACAGACACGAUGGCGUCGUGGCAGCACACGAAAGCAAGCACUUGUUCACAUGAGAGAGCUGCUCACAGCUGCUGUCCGAGUGGGUGGUGUUACCCACCUGGUUGGGCCUGUCACUAUGGUUUUGCAAGGAGGCCCAAGAAUUGAGGAACUGACUUGUGGUGGAAUGGUAGAGCGAGUGCAGGAGGCCUUUGGGGAGACAAUGACAUCUGUUGUGUCUUUGUGUGCUCGCUACCCUAUUGCUUGUGCCAACAGUAUUGGCUUGCUUUGCACAAUACCUUACACCAGGAGUGAGGAGCAGUGUCUUGUUCGGAGCGGGCUGGUUCAGCUCAUGGACAGUCUUUGUAGCUUGAGUGGUCAGAGGGAGUGCAGCUCAAAUGAGAAGCAAACAAAAAAGCAGAAGGUGGCCACCAUGGCAUGGGCUGCUUUUCAGGUGCUUGCCAACCGGUGCAUUGAGUGGGAGAAAGUAGAAGGUGGCUCAACGGAUGGAGUGCACUCCGGUUUGGCUCGGCAGGUGUCCAGUCUGCUGACCAAUCACCUGGCCAGAGCUACAGAGUGCUGUGGCAAUCAGGCUGCAGGCAACGACGCUUUACAGGAUGUGCUUAGUCUGCUAAACGACCUUUCUAGGAGCCAUAUCGGAAAAGCUAUCUUGAGCCAACCAGCCUGUGUUUCAAAGCUCUUGUCUCUGCUACUUGACCAGAGACCUUCCCCAAAGCUGGUGCUUAUCAUCCUGCAGCUUUGUCGAGCCGCCCUUCCUCUCAUGAGUGUAGAAGAUUGUGGCAAUGUGGCCCUGCCAUCAUGGAGCUAUUCUAUUAACACUCUUGAUGCAGAGCAGCAGGAUGCAAGUGACCCUGCCUCACGUAUAGCUGCCUUGCUGCUCGCUAAGCUGGCAGACUAUGUUGUACCAGGUUGCCAGACCUUGCUCUCUCCCAGCUCCUCUGAGCCAGACACGAGUCUGUCUCGAGCCAGUUCCAAAGGAGCGCUUAAGUCUGAAGAUGUUGGCGAGGAGGGAGAAGCGGUUGAUGGGAAGCUAUCAAUCUUCAUCCACAAGAGAGAGGACCAGUCAUCUCAUGAAGUUCUGCAACCUCUUCUCAGCAGCUCAGAGGGACGCCCAUUUCGCCUUGGCACUGGUGCAAACAUGGAGAAGGUGGUCAAGAUGGACAGAGAUAUGACCAAAAGUGGAAACUGUGAGGUGAUCACAGAGGAAGCAUCUGCUGCCCUACGAAAGGCCACCAAGUGGGCUCAGUCUGGAUUGAUCGUGAGUGUUGGUCCUCCUGUAGAGACUCUGACCCAAGAGGCUGCUGGAGGCGUCACAACUGGGGACAAGAAGAAAACUGCUCAAACAUCUGUAUGUAGGGACAGGAACACCGAGCUGGCUAGGUCCGACCCUAUUAGGCCGUUCAUCAGUGGCCAUGUUGCUAACAGUAUGGCAGCUGAGGUCAUUGCCCUGCUGCAUAGUCUGCUUACUGCCCCGGAGUCAAACACUGCUCAAAUCUGGACAAGCACUGCUGAAAAAGUGCUUUCCCGAGCAUUGAUGUUCAUCCCUCAACUAGGUAGAUAUGCUGAGAGUAUUUUGGAGAACGGUAGCAGCAGUGGUAGAAAACUGGCUAAGCUUCAAGCUAUUGGCAGACAGGCGGUUGCUGCACUCUGUGCGCUGGGUGGCUUUAAGGAAACCAUUAAAAUUGGAUCAGAGGUUCAGGUGAUAGGUAAAGGAGUGCUGGGCAGCGUGGGAAUAGUGAUGUCCAUAAAUGAGCAGGAAGGCAUUGCAACUGUCAAAUUCCCCUCCUGUGACUAUAGGAGGGCUUGCAAAGCCUCAGAUGUGCUGACAGUGCCAAUAUCACGCCUGUGUACACCAAGAUCGGAGGCACUGCCAUUAUACAAGCUAUCCAUCACUGAAAAGGUUGUGCAAGCAGUGCAAUCCAUGCUUCUGCCACAGGAGGGCAGUCUGUCCAUUCACACCUGUCUACCAGCUUCAGGAGAUGGAGCCAGCCCAGUGAUGGCUGCAGUUCGCUUGCUGGCUGAAAUCAGAACCAGGGCAUGCCUGGUGAUGGCACAGCUCCUGGAGGACAGCUCAUUUUGUGAAGAGUUCAUCCAGCAGUGUCCUGCCGCUGUGGAAGUGCUCAACCUAGUUGCUCAAGAAUGUAGUCCUGGGGAGCGUCUCGGUAUCGUUGAGGCUCAAUGUGAAAGAGUGAGAAUGCUAUACCGGGACUGUGCUCGCCCGCCACCCCCUCCAUUCCAGACAGAAAGACGCCAGCCUAAGGAAAUCACUUGGUGUCCAUCCCGAGUGUUCCCUCCUGUCCGUGCCUGCAUGUUCUCAUCGCGCCUCACCUCUGUCACCUUCUUGGCUGAUCCCAGUGCUGGGGGGGGACUACCCAGAGGCACCUUCAUCUACGCCACCUCUCCUGUACCAAUUCAGGCCCCUUCCUUUUAUUGGGAAAUAGAAGUUGUCUCCUAUGGAGACUCUGAGGAGGACAGUGGGCCGAUCGUGUCUUUUGGUUUUGCUACUGAGGCAGAGAAGAGAGACGGCGCAUGGACCAACCCUGUUGGCACAUGUCUGUUUCACAAUAAUGGAAGGGCAGUGCAUUAUAAUGGCUCCAGUCUGCUCCAGUGGAAGAGUGUCAGACUGGAUGUAACCCUACUUCCUGGUGAUGUGGCUGGUAUAGGCUGGGAGCGUUCAGAAGGCACACCUCCACCCCCGGGUCAAGCCCCCAAAGGGCGAGUCUACUUCACAUAUUGUGGCCAGCGUCUCAGUCCCAUCCUCGAAGACGUAGCUGGUGGAAUGUGGCCCUUGGUACACAUUCAAAAGAAGAAUUCUAAGAUUCGUGCCAACUUUGGAAAUCGCCCCUUUGCAUAUGCCGAAGGCCAAGCUCACAGGAAUGCAGCUGACCUGUGCAUUGAUCUUGCAGAAGAAAUAAGUGCUAAUUUUGAAGCGCUCCCAUUUGCCAUGGCUUCAGACAGUGAUAACGAUGCAGGUGCUAGCGUUACAUCGGACUCUGGCUCCCAUGGACCUCCCUGUCGGAUUGCAGCUGUGGCAGUCACUCAGCAACAGUACAACAGUGACCUGUCCUGCCAUUACAAAGUAGAGCUGAGCUACGAGAACCUAGUCACUUCUGGACCUGAUCCACAUCCUCCACCCAUUGCAGAUGACGAGAGUGAUGAUGAUGACGAUGAUGAUGUUCCAAGAGAGGACCACUACGCCUUGCUGGUUAAGGCCUGGGAAACCAAAGUGUUCCCCACCAUUCGAAGGAGGUUCCGUAACGAAGCCGAGAGGAAAUCUGGCCUGGACCAAAUCAAAGGAGCUCUGCAGCUUGGCAUGGUUGACAUUGCAAGGCAGACAGUGGAGUUCCUGUAUGAAGAAAAUGGUGGUAUUCCUCGAGACCUCUACCUCCCCACCAUAGAAGAUAUCAAGGAUGAGGCCAACAAAUUCACCAUUGAUAAAGUUCGCAAAGGCUUAACUGUGGUCAUCCGCUGUCCAGACAGCAACAAUACCAACAGCACCACGGGAGGGACAGCCCUGCCGAAGUUUGCCAUCCGGGGCAUGUUGAAGACUUUUGGUUUGCAUGGAGUAGUGCUGGAUGUUGACUCUGCAAAUGAGCUGGUGCAAGUGGAGACCUAUCUUCGCAGUGAGGGUGUUCUGGUGAGGUACUGGUAUCCAAUUGAAAUGCUGGAGCGCCCACCCGCUGGAUCUCGACGAACCGCAGCUAAUGGCUUGGUCUCAUUAGAUAGUAGCAACAUUCAAAUUCACAGGGAGCUGCUUCGCUGUGAGAGUGCACUGGCACGUUUGUACUGCCGAAUGGCCCUGCUUAACAUUUACGCCCCCAAAACUCCCCACACCUUCACCCGUCUCUUCCACAUCCCUGCAAUCCGUGACAUCACCUUAGAACACUUGCAGCUUCUGUCCAAUCAGCUGCUGGCUCCCCCACUCCCUGAUGGCACUAUUAGUUCUUGCUCGAUCCUCCUGGCCCAGUCAGUGCUUCACGACCUCCAAGGCCAAAGCUGCUCUCCCACAGACCUAUUCUACCAGGGCAAUGCUCAGCCCAUCCGAGAGUGGCUGACCGUAGCCAUCACCCGUGCCUUGCAUCAAGGAGAGGAAAGCUUACUUGAGCUAACUAAACAGAUCUGCUGUUUUCUACAGCAUGCACCAGAGCAGUUUACAUCUGAGGAGUUUCCUGUAACAGAGUCGAAAGUCAGCAUGGACGUCAGCUUUCCAGGAGCUGCAUUUGUGAUUGUAUCCUGCAAAGAGAGCCAACUUGGCUGCCGCAAAGACUCUAGCUUGUACAAGGCUCCCUGGGCAAGAGUAAUGCUAUAUGGUCUGGGUCACAAAGUGCGUAGAAAUGGCCAACUUAAUCUAAUGGAGGCUGUAUGCUAUCCCCUGGAUGCCUCACCUGCCAACACGGGCCUUACCCCCCCUCCCACCACCAACCAAUACCCCUCGGUUAUCAUCCCCACUGAUAAAGUGCACAUCAAACUGGGUGUGUCACCGCCUCCUGGUGCUGUACUAGUACUGCACUCCCUGCCUCUGGAGUUCCCUCUAGCCAUGGCAUUUGCUGAGCAGCUGCUGACAUGGAAGCUGGGAGAGAGCUGUGAGCGACCAGAAGAAGAGUUGGACACAGUACCGUCAUCUGUGCUGGUGCAAGUGCUAGAACUGCUUGGUGGUUUACUCUGGACCACUGAUCUGGCUCCCUCCAUUAAAGAACUCGUCUUUCACUUGCUGGCAGAACUCCUGCGAAAGAUUCACCACUUGGAGCAGCGUAAAAGUCCCACCGGCCUCUCCAGCUCCAUUGCUCUUCUGCUUAACCCCUGCCUCGCAGUCCUCAUGUCUCUGCAGACAGAACUUCGCAAGCUGUACGACAGGGAAACUCAGGGCUGGACUGCAGGAGGCGCAGGAGCAGUAGGGUCUUCAUCUGGAGGUGUUGCUUUAGCGCUGGCAACAGAGCAGAGCCGCUUCUCCACCUACUUCCAUGCACUGAUGGAAGUCUGUCUCGCUGUGACAGAGGUGACGCUUCCGCUCAAUGUUGGAGGCACCACAGUUGGCGCCCUGACCUCUACCAGUGCCCCUAACCUGAGUGAUUCUUCGUCGUCGUCAUCCUCAUCCCCGGGUCAGACACCACAGAGCCCCAGCCUGCUGUCCAAACGAAAGAAGGUGAAGAUGAAGCGCGAGAGAGCAGCAGCUGCAGUGGCAGUUGUGGUCUCAGGUAAAAGAGGAAGUGGAGGUGCCCGCCAGUCCGAGAGUGAUAGCGCCCUGCUGAACAUGACAGGGAGUAAACCUGAAGACAUGCUGUGGUUCCACCGCUGCCUCACACUCCUGAUGAUCCUUCGACAUCUUGCAAAUAAGGACCCUCAAGGCUUGAGCGUAACAAGCGAUGCGGUGACGGAUGCCUGCCAGGCUUUGGUGGGUCCCACAGCUCACAGUCGCCUGUUGGUGCUUUCAGGCAUCCCCACCCACCUGGAAGAGGCAGUGGUUCGAAAUGCUAUCCGCAGGGCUUGCAACGCACAUGGAGGGCUUUUCAAAGAUGAAGUCUUCAUCCCUCUGCAGGAGGAGGCUCCGAAGAAAACUAAAACUGGAGCUGGGGUCUCAAGCCCUCAAGACAGCAAAGUAAGCACAGAGUCUGAGCGCCAUUUCCCCCACAACGGGGGUCCUGGGAGUCCUGACAGCUCCAGCAGCGUGACUCCUGCUAGGAGUGUGAGCGCCUCUGCUUCCACCAGCCAGACUUCCAUCUACAGCUCCUCUCAGGGAGUCUCUCGCACCGCCAGUGAACUUUCUGUCGAUCAGGAGCUAUUAGCCGUGCCUGCUUUCACCCCCAAUGCAGCUGCGUCUGCUGGUAACUACCCCCAGCAGGGUUCCCAUGAGCCCCAGACUGUUUCCAGUCAGGAGAGUCUGGAUACUUCUCUUUGUAGCACAGGGAGCCUGGGGAGUAUUGGUAGCUUUGGAGAGCCUGUGGAUAGUACAGAGACACCGUCAGUGUCAGAUGGAGUCUCUUUGCACACAGUCACCUCACAGGAGAGCAAUGCAGUCACGUCGAGGCCUAUCAAAGGCUACGCUGUCAUUGAGGUCCGUUCUCGAGCCAAAGUGGAAAAAAUACGUGCCAGUCUGUUUAACAGCAGUGACUUAAUUGGCUUGUCCAGUCUUGAAGGUGAAGAGGAGCUAAUGGAGUUGACCAAUGAAGAGAUCCUCACUGCCUCCAGCGUAAAUCAAAGUCUGUUUGACACUCAAGGCAGCUCUGCUCUUGAAGACUACUUUCUGGACAAGUCAAUUCGAGGUGAGAAGCUUGUUCCUGGAGCUCGUGACAUCCUCACAGACAUUUUCAAAAGUUGUGCGCACUCAGAACAGAUGCUGAGCCUCACACCUGCCAAGCCAGUUAAAGUAUCGGAUAUUUACCUCAGCAAAGAGCAGAUAAACUCUCAGACCCCUGGUAACCUGCUGCAUACUUUCUUCACCAAUGUCCGGCCACCUAAGAAACUACUUGAGGACCAGCUUACUCAGAUUUUAAGGAAGUAUGGCAUUUCCAAGCCCAAUAAGAACAAAUACAGCAAGGCAGGAAAAGAACAGCACCAAGGCAAAGUAGUGAGCACUAAGCGGGCCAUCACCAAACCUCCCACAAAGGAAAAGUCUGUUCUCAACAGUGUAAGGACUGCGCUGAGUGAGAAAAAGUCUGUCCUUAAGCCCAAAUCUCCAGAGAAAGCCAGACCUGAUGAGAAAGAUGUGGAAAAGUAUCCUGCUAAAAAACCUGAAGUUGCUGAGGAGAAGUACCUGACGCUGGAGGGCUUCCAUAAGUUUGCAGUUGACCGAGCAAAGCAGGACAUUCGUAGUGUCUGGAGGGCAAUUUUGGCAUGUGGCUAUGACCUACACUUUGAAAGGUGCACCUGUAUAGACACGCGGCAUGCACAAAAAGCUUGCAGGAAGUGGACUUUGGAAAUGGACGUCGCAUUGGUGCAGUACAUCAACAGGCUGUGUCGUCACCUUGCUAUCACGCCAGCCAGACUGCAUCCACAUGAAGUCUACCUGGACCCAAGUGAUUGUGCCGAUCCACGUGUGGCCUCCCUGCUCAUUGUGCCUGUAGAGAGCUUGCGCUUGCGAUUUGCUCUGUUGCAGUCCCUCAACAACACACUGGAAAGUUUCUUCCUGCCGCUGGUGGAGCUGAGACAGACGCAUACUUAUCAGAACAGCAUUGCAUCCCUUUUAUGCGAGGCAAAAGGACUAGUUUUCUACGACACAAAAGUCACUGUAAUGAACAGAGUACUCAACGCCACAGUCCAGCGGACAGCAGACCAUGCUGCUCCAGAGAUUACACUGGAUCCUCUUGAGAUCGUAGGAGGUGAGAUACGAUCGUCAGAGAACACAUACUUCUGCCAGGCAGCACGUCAACUUGCAUGCAUGCCGUCGUCUCAGCUUUGUGUAAAACUGGCCAGCGGAGGCGACCCCACUUAUGCUUUCAACAUUCGCUUCACGGGGGAGGAAGUUCACGGCACAAGUGGUUCCUUCCGACACUUUUUAUGGCAGGUGUGUAAGGAGUUACAAAGUUCAGCUCUGUCUCUGCUGCUGCCUUGCCCAAGUGCUGCAGCCAACCGUAACAAGGGGAAAUUCAUAUUGACGCCAUGCCCAAUUAGCUAUGCAGAGGAGCAGCUGUUGCACUUCUUUGGCCAGCUACUGGGCAUUGCUGUCCGCGCAGAUGUACCCCUUCCUUUGGACCUAUUGGGCUCUUUCUGGAAAGGUCUGGUGGGUGUGGCGUUAGACCCAGAGCAGGACCUGCAGGAAGCAGAUAUGCUCACAUACAACUUUGUCAGGAAAUUUGAAAAUGUGAAUGACGACACUGAGCUUGAGUCUCUGUGUGCUGAGCUCUCCUCCCAGCACCAUUCAGGAGAUAGCCCCGACUCUCCUAGCAGACCUUGCUGCACUUUUACCUACAUCACUAUGACAGGCGAGGAGGUGGAGCUUUGUCAGGGAGGUCGCAACCUCACUGUCAGUUGGGAGAACAAAGAUGUGUACGCACGGGCGGUGCGAAGCCUUCGUUUGAGGGAGCUGCAGAAUGUUGAGUGUAUGACUGCAGUGCGAGCAGGGCUGGCCUCCAUCAUUCCCCUGCAGCUUCUCACCAUGCUCAGCCCCUUGGAGAUGGAGCUGCGCACCUGUGGCUUACCCUACGUCAACCUGGAAUUCCUCAAGGCCCACACAAUGUAUCAAGUGGGGCUGAUGGAGACAGACCAGCACAUCGAGUUCUUCUGGACCGUACUGGAAAUGUUCACUCAGGAGGAACUUUGCAAGUUUAUCAAGUUCGCCUGCAACCAGGAGCGGAUACCCUUCACUUGUCCCUGCAAGGACGGGGGACCCGACACUGCCCAUGUCCCUCCAUAUCCCAUGAAGAUCGCCCCUCCUGAUGGAGCAGCAGGUCAGCCAGACUCUCGCUACAUCCGUGUGGAGACGUGCAUGUUCAUGGUCAAACUGCCUCAGUACUCCUCUUUGGACGUGACGCUGGAGAAACUGCGUCACGCCAUCCACUACCGCGAGGACCCCCUCAGUGGCUAAGACUUGACCUGCCCCUUUUCUCCAAACAUGACUCCUAACACCCACGUCCAGCUUCGGAGAAAGUCAACUUUUAUUGGAAUUUUUUUUGGUUUGUUCAACGCUUUUGCAUGUUAGCCCCUGAUUUUGUUGUAUACCUUUUUGGUUAUUCUUGGGGGAUAUCAGGGAUGAUCAUCUGAAGCGGCUUUACAUCCGACAUGUGAAAGAAACUAUUUCACUGGCUCACUUCAGCCUUCCCUAUCUUUUAAUGAAUAGAAAACCAGAGGGAGCGCUUCAAUUGGGCACCGAUACAGGUUCAACCGUGCACCCGAUAGAGGUUCAACCGUGCACCCGAUACAGGUUCAACCGUGCACCCGAUACAGGUUCAACCGUGCACCUGUCAACUGUGCACCCGAUACAGGUUCAACUGUACACCGAUAUAUAUUCUGCACUGAUACAGAUUUGGGAGCUCUGGAAAAUCCAAAUGACAAAGUCCAGCUGCUUCCCUUUUACGUUGUCUUGGUUCUGAAACAUGCCUUUGCGGUUAGAGAGAAAGAAAGAGAAAAUGGUUUGAUUUGAUUCCCACCAAAAAAAAAAGAAAAAAGGAAUUAUGUUCUGUUUUCCAUCAUGAUCACUUUUCUUUGCCUCUUUUUGACCACAAGCUCUGAGCAGGCGGUAGAUGUGAUCGAGUGUAAUGUAGUUGACUCAAAUAAUAAGAAUAAUGGCCAACGUAUGGCUAUGAAUCCAUUUUAACCAAACAAACUGAUGAUAAUAUUUAAGUCGUCUUUUAAACCAUUCUGACUUUUGUCAGUUUUGGAGAAGCUUGAGAGACAUAAAUGCUGGUUGCUAUAGUGACGAGUGGAUCGCGUGGUGAGAUGGGGGCGUGGGGGGGACACACAUGGGUUUCCCCCCCCAUUACCCACUUGAGUGCUUUUGCUACUGAAUGUGAAACCUCACAAUCUACGCUCAUAUGGUUCUCUUCAGUUCUGCCUUCUGUUUUUUUUAAUGGAACCACUCCUCCAAUGUUUAGCUGUGUAAAAAUACAAUAGGACAACACAUGUAAAUAGACUGAUGUCAUGUUUGAGUGCAGGUUUUUUUCCUACCUUAUUUUAUUUAUUUUUUUGGUUUGCACAACUCUUCCAAGAAAAGAUUCUAAAAUCGAACAAACUUUGUGAUCCACUGUC